GUGUGGACCUCAGAGCUGUCAUCUACUGUAAUAGACCUUUAACUCUGUUGUUUCUCUGGAUUUUUAUCUGACAUUUCCUGGAGGAGGAAUCAAUCUGUCUGUGUCACCUAAAGGAAACCUUUUAUAAUUUUUUUUUAGAUCUAAAGGAAGUUUUUGUUUCUCGGCUGAGUUGGACAUAGCAUCUCAGCUGAGACCCGGCGGUGCUGCAUACGCAUGGAGGCUGAUCGGUGGAGACUUUCUGUCUUGUUCUGAGGUCACAGGUCGUCAUUCCAAACCAGCGUCAUCUUCUGCAGGCCCAAAGGAGUGCUCCGACUUACCCACAGUGCAUAGGCCUUUCAUUCAAGGAGCCUGGAGCUGCAGGAAAAGAGAGAGAAAAUAAACAGCUUAAAAAAGACGCUUUUCAUGAAUUCCCCACAAACCUGAAAGGCAAAUACUGCAAGUUGGCUGGCGGUCCUGAGGAGGCAUGUGGACAAUGAGUAUGGCUUGGCUCUGUCUCGCAGCCUACACUAUCCUACUUGUUGAUUCCUUUCAUACAGCUGUCACGGAAAGCGAUGUCACUCCACGCCUCACCUUCUCCUACAAUGCGAAGGAGAGGACAACCAGAAGCUUCUCGGUCGGUGGAGUCUUCAACUAUACCUCUCUCCUCCUCAGUAAAGAAGACAACAUGUUGUACGUUGGCGCUCGGGAGAUUCUCUUUGCACUCAACCUCACUGAUAUCAGUGCAGUCAAGCUACAAAGAAAUCUCACGUGGAAAACUCCAGAGAGGAACAGAGACGAGUGCAGUUUCAAAGGCAAAGACCUGCAGACGGAUUGCUUCAACUACGUCAAGAUUUUACUACGCAUGAACAGCACUCAUCUGUAUGUGUGUGGAACAUACGCCUUCAGCCCCACCUGUGCUUACAUAAACACUGCAGACUUCUCCCUUGUCAAGAGUGAUAAUGGUGAGAUUGUUACAGAAGAUGGACGAAACCGCUGCCCUUUUAAUCCUGAAUACAAGUCCACUGCCAUCAUGGCUGAUGGAGAGCUGUAUGCUGGUACAGUCAGUAAUUUCCAAGGAAAUGAACCCAUCAUUUACAAGAGUCUAAGCCAAGGAACUGCUCUAAAAACAGAAAACUCCCUCAACUGGCUCCAAGACCCGGCAUUUGUUGGCUCAGCCUACAUACAGGAGAGCCUGCCCAAGGGCAACCAAGUGGGCGAUGACGAUAAGAUUUACUUCUUCUUCAGUGAAGCAGGAAAAGAGUUUGAUUUCUUUGACAACACCAUUGUGUCACGCAUUGCUCGUGUGUGUAAGGGCGACAUGGGAGGCGAGAGGGUUCUGCAGAAGAAAUGGACAACAUUCCUGAAGGCUCAACUCUUGUGCUCUCUGCCAGAUGAUGGCUUCCCCUUCAACAUUAUCCAAGACAUGUUUGUGCUGACACCGAGCCCUGAUGAUUGGAAGAACACUGUGUUUUAUGGAGUCUUCACGUCUCAGUGGUAUAAAGGUGCUUCAGGAAGCUCUGCAGUGUGUUCCUUCACUAUGGACCAAGUGGAAAAGGCGUUCCAUGGGCGAUACCGUGAGGUCAACCGAGAGACUCAACAAUGGUACACAUACAACCAUCCGGUCCCAGAGCCUCGGCCUGGAGUGUGUAUCACAAAUACUGCCAGGGAACAGGGCAUCUCGUCCUCGCUGCACAUGCCGGACAAGGUGCUGAAUUUUGUCAAAGACCACUUUCUGAUGGACAGCGUGAUCCGCAGCCAGCCCCUUCUGCUCAAACGCAGCGUUCGCUACACGCAGAUAGCUGUCCAUCGAGUCCAGGCAGCAAAAAAGGCAUAUAAUGUGCUCUUCAUUGGCACAGAUGAUGGCAGACUUCAUAAAGCCAUUAAUGUCAACAACAAGAUGCACAUCAUUGAGGAGAUGGCACUCUUCAGUGGUUCCCAACCAGUGCAACACAUCGAGCUGGACACCGAAAAGGGCCAGCUUUAUGUUUCGUCUUUCUCUGAACUGGUGGAGGUCCCAGUAGCUAACUGCACUAAUUAUCAGAGUUGCGGGGAGUGCAUCCUCUCCAGGGAUCCUUACUGUGCCUGGAACGGGAGGAAGUGUGUGGAUGUCAGACAGGCUCCGCCAAACAAUGCCUGGCAACAGGAUGUAGACGAAGCAGACACAUCAGCUAUUUGCGACAAGACAGUGCCAAGCCCACGGAUGGCUAAACCUCUACCCACACGAAUGUCUUUAUGCCAGGUGAUCAUUAUCCCAGCCAACACGUUCAAAGUACUCCCUUGCAAGCUACGCUCUAAUUUGGCUGAAAGGAAGUGGGAGUUCAGUGAGAGCGCAGGUCACUUCCAUUACCCCAGCCCAGAGGGGGGGUUAGUAGUGGUAGCUCAAGCUGACAGGCAGGAAACCUACGAGUGCUGGUCAGUGGAGGAAGGCUUCAGACAGCUGCUGGCAAACUACUGUGUGAGGGGCGAGGCCAAGCACGAGAGCACCACCCUGACAGGCCGUUCACAUACGCUGCAGGACUCCCAGGAAAAGUUUAUCAUCCUGCCAGGAGAGACCCGCUCACCGCAGAUCAACACUAAGACCUACUGGAACGAGCUGAUAGUGGUGUGUGCCCUCCUGGCGUUUUCUCUGGUGGUCUUCUCUCUAUUUGUGGUGUACAGGAACCGCGACCACAUGAAGUCCAUGCUCAAGGAGGGAGAGUGCCCCAACAUGCAGCAGAAGAAGCCCAGAAUUGUGGGGAAACCGGCUGAGAACUUGCCGCUAAACGGCAACACAGUCACAGCGUCGGCGUCUGAUCACAAGGGCUACCAGACCCUUAACGACAACUACAUAUGCAGCACUCCACCGCACGAGUGCUCGUCGCCCGACAACAGCAAGAGCUUCUCAGAGUCGGAGAAGAAGCCUCUGAACUUGAGAGAGAGCCACGUAGAGAUUUCUCCCACAUGUCCACGGCCAAGAGUCAGACUGGGCUCUGAGAUUAAAGACUCCAUAGUGUGAGGCUGGCUUCAUGUUGUGUGGAGUGACAUUUUAAACUGAAAGGAAAGAGUGCACUUGCUGAGAGAGACAAAACCCAAUAAGAGGGAAGACUGAGGAUCAUUAGACUCUUCAUGGAGAGACAUUUCAUUACACAGAUUUUGCACUUGUUCUGUCCCUGUGUUCCAUGUUCAUUUGAUUUUGUUUCCCUCUCACUCCCCCCUUAUUCAAGUGCAUUCGAAGCACGCUGAAGAAGUUCCAGUUUGCCUUCAGACUUUUGACGCUACCACAUACGGCUCACAGGAAUGUAACAAGCUUAGAGGGGGUGUCACAACUAUAUGAUUUCAGUGAUUGGAUUUCAUAGCAUUGCCACUCAGUCCGUCCAUAUAAUCUACUGGUAAUGCUUUAAAAGGCAGAGCGAAAUUCAAACAUUUUCCCACUACUGGCUUACAGGGUUUGCUGUUUUAUUUUAAUUCUGUCAUCUGGUAAGAGCCCACCCUUCGCUGAGGCUAUGUACUGUAGCAAGGCAAACACUCUCACCAGAAUAUACACUAACAAUCCAGUGGCAGGCAAAAAAAAAAGUAUACUCUAUAUUGUUUAGGCUUGAAUAUAACACCGCAACAUAGAAAGAAUUAAGAGCAGAAGAGUUGUGCCAACAAACUGAAAAGGUUGUUUAAAAAAAGACCAUUAUUUGUUAUUUAAGUUACAGGAAACGCAAACAAGGAAUCACCUCAGUGGAAAUGUUGUAGAAACCCUUACCACCUCAAUCACUACACACCAAAAACAUGAACAUUAUAUAGUUAUGAAUGAAGACACUAUGCUUUUUCUAAAGUAUUGGUAUUAUUAGUAGAUAGAGAUAUUCCUCUGUGGAAGUAAGACUUUCAACAGGUGUUUCUUUCACCAAAUGUUGUAAAGUGAAAAAUCUCAUUCCAGGUAUUAUCAUGCUGUUCUUAAUGAGAUAGGCAGUCUAUGCAAAGCAAAUAAUGUGAAGUGGGGUAAACACCAAGAACACCUCACCUCGAGACUGAGUAAGCACAAAGGUGUUGGCGCUGUUAAUUACUUUAGGAUCAGUGGCACUGCAAACACACACCAACACACACAUUUGCUCUCAUUACACUAACUAUAAGUAUGCAAGAUUUUAGCCAUUUUGGUGUAUUUUAGUGUGGAACAUUGACCAAUUGUUUCUUUUACAGAGAGACAUUUUUCGUAGUCAUUCUUUAAUGUUACAAAUAUCUAUCAUCAAUUUUCACAAAGGGAAAUAAUAAUAAAUAUUUAAAUACUACACCUAUUCAUAAUCUGAUUUAAAUGACACACAUCUGUAUAUCCUCAACUUUGAUAAACAUAUUAAUUGAUGAGUGUUAACGAAGGGUAGGAAAUGCCCCUUUCUUGCUUAAAUGGUUUUAAAGGCAACCGUAAAAGCAAUACUUUUCAUUCUCAUCCAGUAAUAAACAUUAGAAUUUGUAAUUGUCUUGAUUAGCCAUUUCCUUAUUCAGAAAUAAUGAAUUUAAACGUUAUUGUUUACUAAAUUUGAGUCAGAUGUUGGAGUAACUUGAAAGCAUUUUUAUACAAUAUUAUUUAAGUCUUACUUGAGUUUGACUCUAGUAUUGCAAUGUGGCCAGCAAAGUUUAAAUUUCACAAAAAUGCAGGAAGGCAUACUGCUUGACUCAGAAUGCAUAGGAUUUGCACAUGAUGUUGAAAAGCCUUAGUAUAAUGCAGGUUAUGGAUUUGAUAACAAAUCUGAAAUGGAUAAUGCCUUCUGAAACAAUAACCAAGAGAUGUGCCUCUUGGGAUAAUAAACUAACCAGGUAGUAGUGCUGUAGAGUCGGUGUGAUAGGACUGGCCAUGCUCAGAAACAAGAGUUAAAAAAAACAUUGAAUAUAUGUGAUUUAAUACUGUCAACGUUGUACAGUAUGUGCACAUGGGGCGUUUUAUUUUAUUUGUUGUCACAGUGGCUUACACCUUUAGUCAGGGACAAAAUUUUAUUCUAAAACUGUAGCACAUGAAUAACCACUGACUUAUUUUAAAAUACUGAAUUAUAGGUAACUAUUAUUAUUACCGUAUGUUACAUUUCUUGUAAAUGGCACUGCAAAAAUGACUGUGUGAAUUUCAAAGAUUGGUCAGCUAUAAUCGAUCAUGCCGUAUGAAAGAUUCAUGCUUUGACUGUUAUUAAAAACAAACAUAUGCCAGUUUUUGGUGAAGUGGCUAUCAUAAUAAUAUUAAAUUGCAGAGCAAAUAUAAAGUGGCAGUGGUUUAGUAAAAUAUGUGCAGGUACUGAACAUGUUUUUAUUUGAAUACAAGCCUAAACUGUUAAUGCCACAGUGAAAGUAUCGCCGUCUGCUCUCUCUCGUAAUGAACCACUAUAGUCUGGCCUUCUAUUUGUGACCGUACAAGUCGCUCAACAUAUAAGUAAAGAGUUUUUAUGUAAAAUAGUUUAUGUAAAAUUGUUUUGUAAAUUCAGCUGCCAAUGUUAAAAAUCUUGUGAAUUGUAUUUUUUGUU